UCCCCCCGUGUGGUUCUGGGAUUUUUGCUCACCGUUCUUGUGAUCAUUUUGACCCCACGGGGUGAGAUAUUGCGUGGAGCCCCAGAUCGAGGGAGAUUAUCAGUGGUCUUGUAUGUCUUCCAUUUCCUAAUAAUUGCUCCCACCGUUGAUUUCUUCAAACCAAGCUGCAUACCUAUUGCAGAUUCAGUCUUCCCAGCCAGGUGCAGGUCUACAAUUUUGUUUCUGGUGUACUUUGACAGCUCUUUGGUCUUGGCCAUAGUGGAGUUUGGAGUGUGACUGUUUGAGCUUGUGGACAGGUGUCUUUUAUACUGAUAACAAGUUCAAACAGGUGCCAUUAAUACAGGUAACGAAUGGAGGACAGAGGAGCCUCUUAAAGAAGAAGCUCUCUGUGAGAGCCAGAAAUCUUGCUUGUUUGUAGGUGACCAAAUACUUAUUUUCCACCAUAAUCUGCAAAUAAAUUCAUUAAAAAUCCUACAAUGUGAUUUUCUGGAUUUUUUUUCUCAUUUUGUCUGUCAUAGUUGAAGUGUACCUAUGAUGACAAUUGCAGGCCUCUCAUCUUUUUAAGUGGGAGAACUUGCACAAUUGGUGGCUGACUAAAUACUUUUUUGCCCCACUUUAAAUAUAAUACAAUCCAUGAGUGCAAAGCUCUUAGAAACUUACCCAGAUAGACUGGGUAAGAAAGACAGCUGUAAUCGCUGCCAAAGGUUCUUCUGCAAAGUAUUGACUCGGAUGUAAAUUGUUAUGUAAAUGAGAUAUUUCUGUAUUUCAUUUUCAAUACAUUUGCUCAAAUUUGUCAUUAUGGGGUAUUGUGUGUAGAUGGGUGAGAAAAUCCCUCGAUUUAAACCAUAUUGAAUUCAGGCUGUAACACAACAAAAUAUGAAAUAAGUCAAGGGGUAUGAAUACUUUCUGAAGUAUCUUCUAGUAGCUUAUGCAAGUAAUAUGAAGUUAUGCUUCCGAUAUUACAUAGACCCAACAGUUCCAACUCUGUUUGUUGAAAUACAUGUACUAUAUAUUAGAAUGAAGAUAAAGAUGAAUCAAAUGUAUUGGUAUGACUUUGUGUAUAUUGAGCAUUACAAUAUUAAGCUGCAGAAACAGGUGUUGUCUCUGUUCCGCCAUCAAUGAGGACAAUGCCCGCUUCUGCCUGCUGGCAGGGCUCAUCUUGCUCUAUCUGCUGUGUGGGGCAGCUGUGUUCUCCGCCCUAGAGCGCCCCUCUGAGCUCCGCGCCCGCCUCCUCUGGGACCAGCAGCUGGCCAACUUUACCCUGAGCCACCGGGUGAGCCUGGGAGCCCUGCACGCGCUGCUGCGCCAGUAUGAAGAGGCCAACGGGGCCGGGAUCAGAGUGGAUGCUCUUAGGCCCCGCUGGGACUUCUCUGGAGCCUUCUACUUUGUCGGCACGGUGGUGUCCACCAUCGGCUUUGGUAUGAACACCCCAGCUACCAUCCCUGGUAAGAUAUUCCUGAUCUUCUACGGCCUCAUCGGCUGUGCCGCCACCAUCCUCUUCUUCAACCUCUUCCUGGAGAGGAUCAUCACCAUGUUGGCCUACAUCAUGCGUUGGUGCCACGAGCGGAGAAUGAGGCGCUCGGGGUUGGGGGCUGUGUCAGGGGCCGAGGAGCCCCGCAGCGAGGAGGACAGUCUGGAGGGCUGGAAGCCCUCUGUCUAUUACGUGAUGCUGAUCCUGGGGGUGGCGUCUGUGCUGAUCGCCUGCAGCGCCUCCUCUCUGUACUGCUCUAUGGAGGACUGGAGCUACAUGGACUCCCUGUACUUCUGCUUCGUGGCCUUCAGCACCAUUGGCUUCGGGGACCUGGUGAGCAGCCAAAGGGAGCACUAUGAGGCCCAGGAAGCCUAUCGCCUGGGCAACUGCCUCUUCAUCCUCAUGGGCGUGUGCUGCAUCUACUCGCUCUUCAACGUCAUCUCCAUCAUCAUCAAACAGACUCUCAACUGGAUCCUGGCCCGGCUGGCUUGUCCAGGCCGACGCUGUCCCUGCUCGUGCCCUAAGAGAGGCCUCCUUCCCACAGGUCGACAUCGCUACACGGACGCCUCGGUGGAGACAGUGUGCGACAGCGAGACGGACGCCGGAGCGGGGGUGGACGGGGUAGCUGGUGGCCGGCGUCUCUCUGGGGAAAUGAUUUCGGUGAAUGACUUCACAGCGUCCAAUAAGGUGUCUUUGGCACUGCUGCAGAAGCAGCUGUGUGAGACAGCCCAGCAGGGCCCCAGGCAGAGCCACGUUCCUCGCCACAAUGGCUUCUCUGGGGGGGUGGGUGCAUUCGCCAUUAUGAACAACCGCCUGCAGGAGACCAGUGUGGACAGGUAG